AUGACUGAAUUAGCGGAGGCUUUGACAAAACUAGCCGACAAUGAACAGGCUAUGGGAGACGCUGAAAAGGAAGUUGAAAUCUUCAGAAUCAAACGUUUACAAGGUAUAUACAAGAACCGCUCUUCCAUCACCAAGACAAUCCCUCAGUUUUGGUACAUUGUGUUGGCACAAAACGAUGAUUUUUGCGAGUAUAUCCGUCCUGAGGACUUGAAAUAUAUUGAGAGCAUAACAGAUAUUUACGUUGACUAUCCAAUUGCCGAAAAUGGCGACGCCGAAAAGUAUAGAGACUUUUCCAUCACCUUCUCUUUUGGGCCCGAUGGAAACGUCCCAGAGCAAACCGUAACCAAGCAUUUCAACGUGAAAGACGAAGAGGGAGAGGCAAAGCUUUAUUCUGAGCCCGUUGAUGUUGAGUGGCCCGAAGAGCUUAAGGAUAUUUGUCCAGCUACCAUUAGGGAGAACAAACUGGGAGACAAUUACACUACUGAAGAGAAGAAACGAUACAGACAGGGUAUGAAAUCGCUAUUUGCAUGGUUUGAGUGGACAGGAAAGAAACCCAACAAGGAGUUCAGAAGUGGAGAAGAUUUGGCUCGCAUGAUCGUGGACGAUUUGUUCCCCAACGCAGUGCACUAUUAUUCAGAGGCAAUGAACAAUGAUCAGGAGUCUGAGGCUGAGGACAGUUCUGAAGGUGAAGAGUUGGAUCUCAGUGAAGAUGAGCCGGACAAAAAGAAACAGAAAGUGGACGAGACACGAUGA